AAAGUUAGUGAGCGAAAUAGAAUGAAACCAAGGCGGAUUUCUUUCUUUAUUCCUAGUAAGAGAUAUAGUGACAAAAACAUUCGUAGAAAGAGAAACCGUGGAUCGAGAGAAGGAGCAAGUAGAAACAGAGCGGGCUCUAUCUUUAUGUAUUUCAAGAAAUUCCAUAUUCUUCUCAACCCUCGAAAAGACAAACAAAACAAUAAGGACGGAAACAACUUCUUGUUGCCAAAGAAGCACCGGAAAAGUCCUUCAAGACAAGAGCUUUAAUUCCAAUUGACUCACUUUCCAACAAAACCAUAAACCACCAAUCAAACCUGCUUUUGGUGAUGAAACAGCUCUGAUGGUCCAUGGAUAAAGAGAUUUUGAGUGACCAAGUUUUCCAAUUUUCUUAAGGGGUCUUCCAGGAGUUUGAUGAAUUUCAAAACCCAGUUGGGAAUUUUAAUUUAUUGGUCCGUUUGAUCAGUCUUGCUCAGGUGAAUUUGCUGUACUUUUACUGGAGACGAUAUAAAGAACAGAAAGAAUGAAGUUUCACAAUAUCUCUCCAUUUUGAUUGAUUUGGCGUCAAAUGAUUUAGGCAUAUGCUGUUCGCUGAAUAAUAUACAGGAAUUUUAUUUUUUCUGGGGGGGCUUAGACUGCUCUGACUGUUAAUGGAAGGAAUGAUUCAAGAGGGACCAUCUUCUGUGACUCCAUCACCACUUCAGGUCUUCCCCUGGAUGCCACUAUCUCCUGGUUUAGGAUCCCCGUUCCCGUGGCUCCAGGAACUCAAAUCUGAGGAGAGGGGUUUAUGUCUGAUCCAUCUUCUUGUUGCAUGUGCAAACCAUGUCGCAGCCGGUAGUCUUGAGAAUGCCAAUAUUGGACUAGAGCAAAUAUCCCACCUUGCCUCUCCUGAUGGAGAUACCAUGCAAAGAAUUGCUGCUUACUUCACCGAGGCCUUUGCUGACAGGAUGCUUAAAGCAUGGCCGGGUCUUCACAAAGCCCUCAAUUCCACAAAAAUAUCAUCAGUAACAGAGGAAAUUCAUGUUCAAAAAUUGUUCUUUGAGCUAUGCCCCUUCUUAAAGCUUGCGUACGUUAUCACAAAUCAAGCCAUUGUAGAAGGUAUGGAGGGGGAGAAAAUGGUUCAUAUUAUAGAUCUCAAUUCCUCUGAGCCCGCACAGUGGAUCAAUCUUUUUCAAACAUUUAGUGCUAGACCAGAAGGGCCACCCCAUCUGAGAAUUACAGGCAUACAUGAACAGAAAGAGGUGUUAGACCAAAUGGCCCUUCGGUUGACAGAGGAAGCUGAAAAAUUGGACAUUCCAUUUCAGUUUAUCCCAAUAGUAUGCAAGUUAGAGAAUCUUGAUCUAGAAAGUUUGCGCGUCAAGACUGGAGAAGCUCUUGUAGUCAGUUCUGUCCUUCAGCUGCAUACUCUCCUAGCCACUGAUGAUGAAAUGCUUAGAAGGAACAUCAACACCCCAUCCAUGUCUAAGAACCUCAAUACUAAUCGAUCACACAGAGUCUUGCAGAUGAACCAACGUAUUUUAGGAGAAUGGCUUGACAAAGAACCAGUCCAUAUAUAUAGCCCAAGUUCUGACUUGACAACACCAUCACCAUCAUCUCCGCUUUCCCUAGCUCCAGCACCGAAAAUGGGGAGCUUUCUAACUGCUCUUCGGGCACUGUCACCAAAACUGAUAGUUGUAACCGAGCAGGAGUCCAACCAUAAUGGCCCUACUUUAAUGGAGAGGGUAAUGGAAGCAUUAAAUUUCUAUGCUGCACUCUUUGAUUGCUUAGAGUCUACAGUAUCAAGAGCACCUCUAGAGCGACAAAAGGUAGAGAAGAUGCUUUUUGGAGAGGAAAUUAAGAAUAUUAUAGCAUGUGAGGGUCUUGAGAGAAAGCAGAGGCAUGAAAAGCUUGAGAAAUGGAUUCUGAGACUUGAGUUAGCCGGCUUUGGAAGGGUGCCUUUAAGCUACCAUGGCAUGUUGCAGGCAGGAAGAUUGUUGCAGACCAAUAACUAUGAUGGUUAUAAGAUAAAAGAAGAGAAUGGGUGUUUGUUUAUGUGCUGGCAAGAAAGACCUCUAUAUUCAAUGUCAGCCUGGGGAUUUAGACUGUAGACGGUAUGAUUAAGAUUGUUACGCAAUUCUCGAGUGUGCUUGUUUCCUCCUUUUUCUUGUUCUUCUCUCUGUAAAGAAUAUUAAGUUUUUCUUUCUCUGCAAUCUCAUAGUGUUCCAACGAAAAGUCAGAGCUAAUUUCACGUUGACUCCUAGGGUUUCUCUUUGUUUGUUUGCUUGUUUAAUUGCCCUUAUACUUUCUGUAUUUACUUUUAAAAUUUAAGUAUAUCUGAUUCGUGUCCUUGGGCUGCUGCCUUAUAUAGUCCAUGAUAUUUUAGGCAUUCUUAUUUGCAGAAAUUUGACGGGAGACUUUGAGUCACUUCAUAAUCUCAUAAAAUUUCAUGUUCAUUGAUGAGGGAAUUAAUUUUUGAGUAAGCUUAUCCAUACCAGUUCUCCUCUGUUCUACUAUUGAAUCCUUUCCACUUUGUUUUAUAUGUAUUCCAUAUCGUGAAUUCCUUAAUUUGUUUUCUAGAAAUGCUACUAUGCUUCAUCCAGUAAUCAUGUGGACACAAACUUUCCCUGGAGUCAACAUGACCUAAGAAAUUAACUAGCCAAUUGACAAAUCAGAUAAUACUGAAACUCUAGCAUUGGAAGGUUGGAACAUCUCUGGUAGGAAUCCUAUAUGUCGUCCAUUGUCUUGGAAAUUUACAAUAGAUUUCUUAUGCAUCCAUAAUUAAUAGAAAUGAU